AUGGUACAAUACUUGUUAGUUUCAUACAAUAAAAAACGAGUAAAAAGAUAUCCAGGAAGUCCAUUUAAAGCUCCGAUAUCAUACGCCCUACGGCCAGGCGGCGCUACAGUGGUUUCAUAUUCUGCCACAUCGCCCCUGGCAAAUUUUAGGAAAAUUGUUUUGCCGACGCCAACAUUAGUAGUUGGCCAAAGACCUGUACAUUUUGAUGAAGGAUACGUACAUAGACCUAUGUUCGUACAAAGGCCCGUGCAUCCAGUAUUUGGAACCCACGUCCCUGCCUCAACACCAGCUGUAAUCGCUGAUGGGCAGCAUCAACACAUUGUAAACCCUGUCCAUUUAGGACCCAGACCAGUUGUGGAAAAUGAGCCUGUGCAUUUAUAUCCUAUCAACGUACCAUCAACAUCAGGCUUUAUACUGCGACCUUCCUAUCCAGUCGCGCAGGAUACUAGGCCUGUUCAGAUUAACCCUGGUCAUUUAUAUCCUGUAAAUGAUUCGCCAACACCUGGCGUAGUAGUGGAAAACAGACCUUCGUAUACUCCAGGCCAUUUGUUUCCUGCUUCACAACAUGAAGAUACAGUAAGGCCGGUGCAAGGGCCGAUAGUGAAUGUGCCGUCUGCACUACUUCCUGCCCAUUAUUAUCCUGCAAACGGGUUCGGAAUUGGUCCGAUCGCACAAAUGCCGGCCACUGGCCAUGCAUAUCCAGGAAAUGAUGAAGCGGGCCCGGCGGUUUCAGUAGUUCCUGCUUACCCAUCAAAUUAUCCAGGAAACCACUAUCCAGAUAAUUCAGCUAGCCCGCCUACUACUCAAGAUGGUGCUUAUCACUAUUAUAUUAUCAUUGACGACGCAUCUGAUGCCAGUGCCUCAUCACACCCAACGCAGCAUCAUGAAAGUCAGCAACCAGACAAUAUUUAUUAUACGCCUGGAAAUACAGUUGGUGGCCAAGGAUCCACCAGCCAGCAGUCACCUUGGCAACCAAUGAUGACUCACCAUUCUUCGCAAGACUCGUCCAGAAGUGCUGGAAGCGACGGUUACCAUUAUCAUCAGCCGCACGAAAUGGCUUCAGCUCCUUCUGUUGGCUUACUUCCGCCUUACGGAAGUCAACAUGGUGAACGACAAAGUCAGCAAUACCACAGAUACGAAUAUACAGAUUAUUGA